AUGCCACCCCGAGAGUUCGCUAUCUUACGAGACGUUCUAGCAGAGGACACUCCUGACUGGGAGCCGGAUCCCAAUAAGAUCCAAGAGGUGCUUACCGGCUCUCGGAAAUACGUGACCCAGCAGCGGAGUGAACUUUCCUGGAUGACCGAAGUCAGUCGACCUAUACUUCAAGCCGCAAUUGGUGAUCUACCUCUCGAAUCUUGGGGCGUCCUAACGGAAACGGCCAGUGCAUACCAACCGCUCUACACAGCCCGAGAUCACUACGAUCGCAAAAUAGACUGGGUCGUCGGAUUCCCCGAAGAGCAAUGGGAGUCUUUGUAUGGUAGCGCCGCUGCCAAAUUUCGGAGCCCGUUCAUAAAUCAUCUCGAUCAUCCUCAUACAGGCACACAAGUGUUGGGCUGUGGUUGUGUGAUCAAACUCCGAGAUGGCAAUUUGCUUGAAGCCCAGGUUCAACUCGGGGUCUUUUCAUGGGCCUUUCAGCAUCGGUCUGGAACCCAAAACCCACCACCAAUGAUUAGAAUUAUCUCUGUAGGUGAUAUUUGGGGUUUCUAUAUCAUAUAUGCCGUUCAAGAGGAGGCAAACGAUGGCGUGAAACGAGAUGUGGGCGAGGUCCGCGUCUGGGGACCUUUCCCUGAGCUCGGCGGCCGAUGUUCCAGCUAG